UUAAAGCCGCGAUGAAGAAACCUUCGAUACUUUAUAUUUUUUAUCUUGUGAUUCACUGCGUCACAGGUAAGCCAAACAGUUCUUUGCGUGGGAGUUGAGGAGUUUCUGAACAUGAUUUAUUGCUGGCCAAUUAAAAGUCCUACCUCAGUGUCCAAAACGAUCGUUGGACAGAAACCUGAAGAACAGAAGAAGAAUGUUAUAUUUUAAGUAUUUGUCAAACCACGUUUUAUCAAUGAGCAGGUCAAAAGUCCUACGCAAAAUGCUGGAACGACAGUUUAGAUGGACGAUGUUUUUGCAAAUGAACUGUGAAAAUUAAUGCGAACUUCAUCACUUUUUUAGAAGAAUUGCAAAGCGUAGGUCGUUAAGCUAAGAAGUGAAGCUAAUAAAUUAAUAUGCAGGGGGAAUAUGCUUAUGCAGGACAUUUGACAGCUAUGGCACGCCUUUUAAUCAAUAUUUAAAGUAUUUCAAUAUGUGAUGCAUUAUUUAUAUUUCUUUGCAGUUUUUUGCUAUUUCCUUUCUAUUUGUUUUUUAAUCCGGCUCUUAAAUAUUUUAUUUCUAUUCUUAUUUAUUCAUAUAUAGGUGUUAAGCCAAUUGAUUUUACUUUCAUUUUCUUUGUUAGUUAGUGUGCAGCACCUGAUCACAUUACCGUGAUUUGCUUUCCUAGCUCUGAUUUUAGAACAAAAAUGACUGAUGAAACUUUAAGAGAUAGAAACGACAUUGGUCAUUACAACUUCGCAGAUUCGCUUUGUACACACUUAAUUGGUAUUCAGAAUAUGAACGCACAUGAUGUGUCUACUGAUUACUUUGAAGGGGCUAACUUGCGUCCGAAAUAGGCAAACUUAACUUAACUUCUCAGUGAUGACUCCGUCCUUCAAGAUUUCAAGACAACUGUCAUAAACUACUCAAAUUGUUCAGACUAAAUGUUUGGGGAUUAUUCAGGUUAGAGAGAUUAUCUUGGAAUUCUUGUGCGAGUCUUGUGAGCCUUAGUUUGUCAUGUGCUGCACGGCCCCACAUUGACUCUUUGAGUGUUGUGCCCUUGACUGUUGUAAUUAGGGCUUAAUUCUCGUAUAAUAAUCGCCAUCGCUAGUCGUGUUUGGGUUUGUUGAGGUUUUAGUUCUCGAAGAUUGGUUGGUGUUACGUACUUUGUUAUUCGUUUUGAAUGUCUUGUGAGAUUGUUUUGGUUAGCAUUCUAAAAAUACGUUUACUCUUCCAAGGUAAGUUGUCUCGUAAGCCAAAAACACCAACCGAUAAGGUAUUUAAGAGCGUGUACUUAGGGCUGAGUCAAGGGAAAAGAGACGUAAAGUUCCUGAACAAAAUCCCGGGGCCUUGCGUUUGCGCGAGUUGCUCAAGUUAGUUAACCGAACUGUCUUACGUACUAUAUUAUAGAAGCUGUUUUGACAAAAGUGCGCUUUGUUUUUCAUGUAAUGACAAGUUACGAGCAGGCUCUGAUAACGCAACGACGUCAAGUUCUUUCGAUAACCUAUCAGGUAGUGGAAGGCCGCUUAUGUAUCACAUAUCAAAAUACUUUGAAUAGGCACAGAAAUACAAAUAAAGCGUCACAUACCAAAAUAGUUUGAAUACGAACUUGGAGGGCGCGCCAUAGAAAACUUCAGCUAAAGAUUUUAUCGCUUUAUCUUCUAAGCAAAAUGCAUCCGUUUCUCAGAAAUUGUUCCAUGCUGGCGGUAUCCUUUCUGAGAAAAAGCGGAACUGAAAAUAUGAUUUAAGAGUUUAAAUGUAUCACAGGUAAUAUCGUGACGAACCACGGUAACCUCGUUGCAGUUGAGCUGAUACACGAAACGAUUUGUAUCGAAAAAGUAGGUUAAUUUGGAAAUUUGAUGAUUUGGCAGAUCCACAUGUGAACAGGAGGCGUGACUGUAGACCUCUGAGCACGAUUGCGUCAAAAAGAAGGGCCAUGCUAUGGAAAUCAGCUACGAAAUAAAUUUCACUUUCCGUAGCCAUCCUCGCUACAUUUGUGGCUCAGCCGUAUCUGUUUGGUGUCCUACCAUACCAAAGUAAAUCAUUAUAAUAGGCUUUUACUGAAAAAAAUAAUUUAUAUAUGAUUGAUUUAUUGAGAGCAACUGUCUCUCGUAAUGUUUAUUAAUGGGAGGUGAAAGAGUAGUUACUUCUUGACGGAGUGUCUGUGACUCGUACGACACAGUGCUAGUCAACCUAUGUAGUAUGUUAUGGCCAGCCACUGAACUGUCUGUGAAAGGUGUGCGAUCAUUAACAAAAAGAAAGAAAAAAAAAACCCGCACGGCCUUAUAUUAAGAUAUCUACCGAUAUCAUUGUGGAUUCUCAAGAAUCAAGAGAACAUAUUUUCAGUAAAAAUAGGCGCAGCGUCAUCGAACUUGAUAAGUCCUUUAUCACUUCUUAAAUAUUAAUCAAGCAUUACGUAGGGACCAGCCAUUAUUUACCACCAGGGUUGAGGGGGGAGGAGGAUUUUUCCUUCUUUUUUGAGGGGGAGUCACAACGUUUUCAGUGGGAGCCGAGGGGGGAUCAGUCGGGGCCAGCAGGGUUUAAAGGAGGGAUUGGAGGAAAUUGAAAGCUAAUGAAUGGGGGGUUAUUCAAAUAAGUUUUAUCGUGACACAAUCAAACUUCUCCGACCCCCCCCUCCCCCCAUCCAUGUUCAAUAAUAACUUUUGCCUUAUCAUGUCUAUUCCAGUGUCCAUUCAUGCUAUAGUUUAUCCAAGUAUGAUCUCUGCUCCAGAGAGGUUCAUAAACGUCUCUAUUGGUGGGACUGUGUCAUUUAGGUGGCACUACAAUUCAGGAGAUCUAAAGAAUGGUCUCUUCGAGAUUGUGUUUGGUAUUUGGAAGAGUCCUGGAUUCCUGAAAACAAAGUUGAUAGCUGUCAACUCGAGUGGUUUUGCCUCAACAAGGUCUUCAUAUAAGUCCUCCGUGGGUUGGGCAGGAAAUUUGACAUCCUCUGUCGCAGUGUUUGAACUUUACAAUGUAAAACUUGAAGAUGGCAAGACGUAUGGAAUAGUGGUAGAAUACGGACUUCAGAAUACCCCGUUGACCGACUCGGUUCAGCUUCAAGUUGUGUUCAGACGUAAGUAAAAUGGUUCAAAACAGCACAGAGAAUAUUCGUUCUAACUCAAAAUUGUAUUUCAGGUUACUUUCAUUAUUGUUCAUUUGUGGGUUUUAUGACGGGGUCCGCGGAAAAGAGGUUCGUGAAUGUAUCUUCAGUAGUGGCAACAAUUGAUAAGGUUGAAGGGGAAUUGUUUUUGUUCAGCUCUGUUACCUUCGUGAAUGGUCAAACAGUUCAUCUAGUUACUGGAAGAUUGAUCUACACAAUUUUGUUCCUGAUCUACCGAGAAUUGAGGCCUCCACUGCGCAAUAGGGGCGGGAAAAUUUGUUUUUGUCAAACUGUUCUUAACACCUUUAAACUUCUUUAUUCAACCGAUUGUAUUUCCGAAAUUUUAACGCAUAAAUUAUUAGCCACAGAUUCACCAGAAACCGCUGCUCCACAAGAGAUAAGUGUCACAACAGCCGCGAGAGCUACAAAUACAGGGUCUCCAGUUACGUCGAAAGGUAAUGUUUGUAUCCUGUUGGUUUUCCCAUCCUAAGUUACAGUACUUUUGCACCAGCAAACCUGUAGGUAAAUUACACAAGAAUUGGAGAUCAAACUUCUUUUCUUUAAUAGCUUUUUAUCUCCUUAAUAAUAUAUGACCCAUCGCUACAAACCUACCGACCCUUAUUCAGGACCAGUAGCCUGAGUUAAGAUUGCAAGUGAUUACACACAUUACUAGUUCAAACAUUUCAUCAGUUGCCAUCCAACACAUAAGAACACUUUCAUUCAUAUUAAUUAACCUCCAAACGGACCUUCAUACUCAUUUAGCCAUCUACCCUUUUACAUUAUCUGCUUACCCAACUACUACAGUCAAAUCGACAGAGUUGCUGGUUUUUUUAAUUUCUGUUCUAGAGCCCAAAGUUUCAGUGCCAAGAAAAUCAUCAGAAGAAUCCUCCUUUAAAUGGGCGGUGGCAAGUGGAAUCAUCUUAUGUGUUAUGAUAAUACUCAUUAUGGGCCUUUGCUUUCACCGUCAGAAAAAAUGCACUAAAAAUGGAGCAAAUAAUAACAGCUUCAUUGAAAGCAACGAAAAGGAAUUUUGCAAGUGUAUUUUGUAAAUAUAUCAUACUCAAGGUAGUAGAUUUACCAAUUCGUAAUAUCCGGUCAUCUUAUAAUAUAUAGUUAGUUGUGUUUUAAGGUGAAGUUAAUCAAUGAUAUACAUUACUUCAAGGAUUUAAACAUUGCAUAGAAAUUUAAAUCGACACUAAAUGUAUUUCUACUAGAUGCGACCUUCCCUUUUUUUUGUUUGCGUAGUCAUUUCGACUUAUUGAAUUACAAUCUUAAAGAACAGCUCGAAGUUUUCUGUUUAGAGGUGGUUUCUAUAAAUUUGACCUUUCCUCGGAAGAUUUUGUGACUCUAAAAUGUCAAAUAUAAUCCUUUGCUUUUAAUUUACUUAUCAAUUAUAGCCGAUUUUCAACGUAGCUGUAAAUGAUGUUGCAAUGAAUAAAUAAACUGAUUCCUUGAAUCCUCAUGAAGUAAUGUAAACUUUUUGCUGUCAUAGCAACAGCUGCGCUAACUUAUCUAAGGAAAGAUUUAAAACAAAGAAGACAAACAAAAGAACUUGCAGCCAAUGAUGCUUUUUCCGAUCCCAGCAGGAGGGAAGGAGUCGUGAAUAAGCUAACGUAACCGUAGGAACCACUUGGUCUUCGACUUCCAGGCCUGAUGAGUUCGAGACGAAUUUGAUUAGGCUCAGAUAAAGUAUGCUUGGUAGAGUGAGGACUAGA